GCUGCCUCCGGAGGAAAUCAUUGUGAAGGGGCCUCAUAGCGGGAGGAAGCGAGCUAGGAGGCCGGCAGAUAAGCAGCGGUUCAAUGGCUCGGUCCGCUGCGAACGGCGUGGACCAGGAUCUGGCCAGCAAGAGGCUGCACUCAAGGAUGGAGGCCUCUUGCCUGGAGUUGGCCUUGGAAGGCGAGCGGCUGUGCAAGGCUGGAGACUUUAAAGGGGGCACAGCGUUUUUUGAGGCAGCCGUACAGGUCGGCACAGAAGACCUGAAGACCCUCAGUGCCAUCUAUAGCCAGCUGGGAAAUGCCUACUUCUACCUCAAGGAGUAUGGCAAAGCCCUGGAGUACCACAAACAUGACCUUACCUUGGCCAGAACAAUAGGAGACAGAAUUGGAGAAGGAAAAGCCAGUGGAAACCUCGGUAACACAUUAAAAGUGUUGGGGCGCUUUGACGAAGCUGUUGUGUGCUGUCAAAGACAUCUGGAAAUUUCUCAAGAGCAGGGUGACAAGGUUGGAGAGGCCAGAGCACUGUAUAACAUAGGGAAUGUGUUUCACGCGAAGGGCAAACAGCAGCUAUGGGGCUGCACCCAGGAACCAGGGGACCUGCCUCCUGAUGUCAGAGAAACACUGCAGAGAGCCACUGGCUUUUACGAGAUGAACUUGUGUCUGGUCAAAGAACUCGGAGACCGAGCUGCUCAGGGGAGAGCCUACGGGAACCUGGGCAACACCCACUAUCUGCUGGGAAACUUUGUUGAAGCCAUCAAGUUCCACCGUCAGCGAUUAUCCAUUGCCAAAGAAUUUGGGGACAAAGCAGCCGAACGACGAGCCUACAGUAACCUUGGCAAUGCCCUGAUAUUCCUGGGCCAGUUCAACACGGCCACGGACUACUACAGAAAAACUUUGCAGCUAUCCAGGCAGCUGAGGGACCAGGUGAUGGAGGCUCAGGCCUGUUACAGUCUGGGAAACACCUACACUCUUUUGCAGCAGUAUGAGAGGGCGAUAGACUACCACCUGAAACACCUGUACAUUGCCCAGGAGCUGACCGAUAGGGUUGGCGAGGGCCGUGCUUGCUGGAGUCUGGGAAAUGCAUACGUGUCUUUAGGGAACCACAAACAAGCUCUCCACUAUGCCCGGAAGCACCUGGACAUCUCUAAAGAAAUUGGAGACAGAAAUGGGGAGCUGACAGCCAGAAUGAAUGUGGAGCAGCUGAUGGAGGCUCUGGGGGUCAAUGAGAGUGACCUUUCCCCUUGCAGUUCAGAGUUUGAGAUGCAAGGAGCAAGACCCAAAUUCACCAAGAGAAACAGCAUGGACAGCGUAGAGCUGUGGAAGUUCUCUUCAGAUAAGAAUGGUGAGAACCAAGACUUGGAAAGUAUACCCAGGAGAUCCAAGAGUCAGCUGUCACAGCCUGGUAAGAGGAAAGGCUAUCCCGACAGUCAGUCAUCAGAUGAAAGGCCGUGGUUGGACUCUCCUGUAGAUGCUGAUGACAUCACGGUGCAAGUCCCGCCUCCAGUGCCAAAGCUGGGCCGUGACCCCUCCGAUGAGGACUGCUUCUUUGACCUCCUCAGCAAGUUCCAGAGCAGCCGCAUGGAUGACCAGCGCUGCCAUCUUGAUGAGCCACAGAACGGAGACAAUGGAGAAGGUGCUGCGAACUCCAUGCCGUCCCUGAACGAGAUGAUAGAUCCUGCAAUUACCACUUCCCCCCAGACCGAGGAGCUGUUUGAUUUGAUUGCUAGCUCUCAGAGCCGGCGUCUUGAUGACCAGCGGGUUAAUGUUGGUAACCUUCCAGGCCUGAGGAUUACCCAUAACAACCUGGGACACCUGGUGGGUGAGGGAGAUCAUCAAGAACCCAGUGAUGACUUCUUCAACAUGCUUAUCAAGUGCCAAUCCUCCAGGAUUGAUGACCAGCGGUGCUCCCCACCAGAAGCCGGCCCCCAUGCCCCCACAGUGCCUGAUGAAGACUUUUUCAGUCUAAUCCAGAGGGUGCAGGCCAAGCGUAUGGACGAGCAGCGCGUCCAGCUGCCCACGGAGGACCAGGACAGCCCUCAGGCCACUGAUCCAGAGCCACCUGGUGGAUUUUCCAGCUAGGACUUGGUGAAUAAUACUGCACUACUUCAUGUCAAAGAAAUUAAAAGCAGGAGAAAUGAAAGAAGGAUGCCUCAACAUUUAAAAACAGCACUAAAGGCUGAACUAACACGAGUUUUAGUAACAAGACAAAUUCCAUGUGCAAUAGGUGGUGCCCUGUCAAAUGUUGCUCAAUGUAUGGUGUUCUAGACGUGUGUAAAUAUAACAGGAAAACAAGCAGAAUAUAAGGUGGGUGGUGUGGGGAAGAAGAGGAUAUAAGUUUGGGGUGACAAACACGAAAUAUAUACUCAAUCUAAUGCCUUAAUCAGCAUUUUUUCAGACUCAAGAUUGUAUUCCCUGGUGUCAGACUUGGUUUUUAGAAGCACAUGAUGGGUAUACAGUGUAAUAUUGAUGAUUUAAUGUGGAGACGUACCGCGUGAAUCGUGGAAAUCACAAAGACUGAAUGAUAGAAACAGAGUUAAUGAAAAUAUAAGAGAUUUUAUAGAUCUGCACUGAAAUCUUGAGCUGAAAUCUGAUCAUUUUCAACAAAGCGUGUCAGUUCAGUUAUACUCUGAUCAACGGUGCUUUUAUCAAUCCAUUUUUGUGGUUCCCACCGCUAUUAGAGAACUGGUGUUAUUUGAUCCGUAACAGUAUUAGGGAUGGCCUUCCAGUUUUAAACAAACUGCGCUGGUCACUUCAAACGCUCUGCUGAUUGAGAACCACACGUCAUUUGUGCUGACAGAGAAAGAUUCAUUUAAAUUUACGGACUGGUUGACAUAUGAUUUUCCGCACAAAUGCUAUUUAUGUGCAUUUAUGCAUUUAUAAAAUGCAUCAGUCUCUUCACACAGUAUGCAGUAACCGAGUUUACUGAGGAAAUGAUGUGAAAUAGCUGCUUAUUUUAAAAAUUCAAGAUUAGAGUUGUGUGAUUAUUCAAGUUCUAGUUGAUGUUUCUGCUUGGCUUGUAAAGUGAUGCUAUCUGCUGCCAUUACUGUUCCGAACAUCUGAUAACAGACUAAUGCUUACUGCCAUUAUUAUUAACUAACAUAGAAAUAGAAGCAGAUGGGUAAGACGGAUGCUUCAUAUUUUUGAAGAAUCCAAUACCGUGAACAAAAUUGAGUUCUGGGUCAUUGUGCUGUGUAGUGCCUCCCUGUGGUCAAAAUGUUGUAUUACCUCUGUGAAAUACAGAGUGCAGUCAGUUGGGGAUAAAAGGCAUUCCCCUCUUGAAUAAUUGUUUGACCACACUGUACUUAUGAUAUUCUGUUCCAAGUAUGACAACUGUGAGAACUUUCCUCUGGCUUCAGCAGCAAAGUUUUGCUAACUUGUACCAUAAAUGUGGAGAUUUUUGCAAAAGAACAGUCGAAAUGAGGUUUGAGCCAAUUGUGCAUUUUUAUCCAUUUGUUGCUAUGAAAGCAAGACAGGUAAAAAAAAACUGCAGAAAGGAAAUUUUAAUUGGCUUAGAGUUUGAGAUGUUUUGCUGCACAUAGCAAAACAUAUUUGAUCUUACCUAUGGGCUUGCUUUUUAUUCAAAAGUAGUGCUUACCUCAUUUUUGUACCUCAAACCUUAUACGAACUGUAGAGAUACUGAGUUCAGACCCAGGGUGCAUCAUGUACCAGGUUCGUAUUGGUUAUGUUUGAUUCAUCUCUCUUUGAUAAACAACAAAUUGGGAGCUACAAGUAAAUUUUUCCUUUUUAUGUUUUUUGUGAAUUAACAUUAUUAGAAAGUACCAGGUACGCUUCUAUUUGUCUCUGCCAUAAUUUGUACAUAUAAAUAUAUUUUGUAUUUAUGUUUCAUUUGAGGACAUGAAUGUGUCCCUUCAUGCUUUUAAUAAAAUGU